AUGGCCUCCCAAAGUUGGACCACGAGGCUUCAUGCCGUUGGGCCCACCGCAUACCUUAUCGAUGUAUGGCACGUCUACCGGACCCCCAUCUUGCUGGGGACUGUCUGUAUACUUAUUACGCUUUAUGUCUACCUCCUUCUGACUCAGGACCGAGAGUACUCUGUCGUCCUGCGAAAGAUCUAUGCUGAGCCGGCAAGCGAGAAGACGGAACCACGAUUCACGGAUAUUACAGAAAAGCCGUCUCUGCCUCCUGCUAAGGAAUCGCUCAGUGGGCCGCGGCGCAUCAAAGGCGAGGCCCGCAAAACGUCUAUUAGGAAGCCAGAAACUCCAUCUGUGGCAUCGCGGCACAUUCAGCCGCUGAUUUUCUUCUCAUCCCUGACAGGUAGUACGGAACGAAUUGCGGAGGGACUGGCCCAGACACUAGAAGCGUCGUUGGGGGAAUACAAUACGGACAAUGCAACCUUCCUGAAGACGCAAGUUCUGGAUCUUGCAGAGAUUGAUCAUGACGAGUACUUCAUCAGUCCGCCAAAGCACGCAGAUUCCAAUGUUCCCGUGGACUAUUUCUACCUCGUAUUGCUGCCAAGCUACAAUAUUGAUACCACCAACGACAACCUCCUGGAGCACUUGUCAGAAACUCAUAACGAUUUCAGGAUCGACACCGCCCCAUUAUCUGGUCUUCUGGGCUACUCGGUGUUUGGCCUUGGAGACAGAGAGAAUUGGCCUACCGAAGAUGAAGGAUUCUGUUUUCAAGCCAAGGAGGUCGACAAGUGGCUGGCUAAGUUGACAGGCCGUAAAAGAGCAUUCCCGUUGGGUAUGGGGGAUCCAAAACAAGACUUGACAACAAGAUUGAACGAAUGGACAGAAGGUAUCAAGGAUGUCCUCGCCCUCAUUGCGAAGACGGGGAGUCUCGGUGAAGGCGUUCCAGGAAGCGGCGACGCUGUUGAGAGUGACGAUGAGUAUGCCUCCGGAAACGAGGACGACGGAGAGGUGGUCUUCGACGAACCAACAAAGCCUAAGAUUUCGAAGAAAACGAAACGCAGUGGUAACUUGGACGAUGUGGAGGAUUUAGGCAUGAUGAUUAAGUCAACCAAAGCGGAUCGAAACAGGUCAUCUGGAGCGGCCCCAAUAGCGGUCGACUUCACAACCUACAGCAAAACUACGAAAAAGCCGGCAGUUACUGUCAAAGAGAUGGUCCCGAAGAACUCGCCGACUUUCAACUCUCUGACGAAACAAGGUUAUUCGAUUGUCGGCUCUCAUUCAGGCGUCAAGAUUUGCCGGUGGACCAAAUCGGCAUUACGUGGUCGAGGCUCGUGCUAUAAGUUCUCCUUCUACGGAAUCGCUUCGCACCAGUGUAUGGAGACUACUCCGUCCCUCUCAUGCUCCAACAAAUGCGUCUUCUGCUGGCGCCAUGGCACAAAUCCCGUGGGGACAACAUGGCGUUGGGUCGUCGAUCCGCCAGAACUCAUCUUCAACGGUGUUAGGGCAGGUCAUUACCAAAAAAUCAAAAUGAUGCGUGGCGUGCCCGGGGUACGAGCAGAGCGGUUCGUUGAAGCCAUGCGUAUACGUCACUGCGCCCUGAGCUUAGUCGGCGAGCCUAUCUUCUACCCCCACAUCAACGAAUUUCUCGCCAUGCUCCACGAGGAGCGCAUAUCCUCCUUCCUAGUCUGCAAUGCGCAACACCCCGACCAAUUAGCGGCCCUCAAGGCCGUGACGCAGUUGUACGUGUCCAUCGAUGCGAGCAACAAGGAGUCGCUACGCAAGAUCGACCGUCCGCUCCACCGUGACUUCUGGGAGCGCUUCCAGCGCUGUCUGGACAUUCUCCGUGAGAAGCGCUUCAAGCAGCGCACCGUGUUCCGCCUCACCCUUGUCAAGGGCUUCAAUGUCGACGACGAGGUCGAGGGCUACGCGGACCUCGUCGAGCGUGGGCUGCCGUGCUUCGUCGAGAUCAAGGGCGUCACGUACUGCGGAACUUCGAGCAGCGCCGGCGCGGGCCUGACUAUGGCGAACGUACCCUUCUAUGCGGAAGUGACUGAGUUUGUGACGGCGCUGAAUGGCAAGUUGAGGGACAGGGGGUUGGAGUAUGGGAUUGCGGCGGAGCAUGCCCACAGUUGCUGUGUGUUGAUUGCGAGUGAGCGGUUCAGGGUGGGCGGGAAGUGGCACACGAAGAUAGAUUACCAGAAGUUCUUCGAGUUGCUCGAGGCGCGCGGUGCGGAUGGCGACUGGACGCCAGAGGAGUACAUGGGCGAGGAGACACCGUACUGGGCGACGUGGGGUCAGGGGGGUUUCGAUCCCAGAGACGAGCGUGUUGACCGCAAGGGUAGGAAGAUUGUAGCCCCAUGA